ACAGCAUCUCUCUGUCAGCUCCCUGUGGAGGGGCUCAGAGACCCCCUGCCUCCUCAGUGGAGAUGCUACAUGUCUCCACAAGGCUGCAGAUACUACGUCAACACCACAAGCAACGAGACGACAUGGGAGAGACCGUCCAGUGCCCCUGGGACCCCAAACACCUGCCUCUGCCACAGACCCCCCCUGCCAAUAGUAAAUGGAUUUCACUCAAGUGGUAGUCCGUUGCAUCAUGUGGAACAUUCACACAACAGUGUGGUUAGGAAAAGCAGUUCAGAGCCACAGAGCCCAGGAUCAACGUCAGCUACCAGGAAACAGAACAAGGAAACUACAGUCACAGUGAGUGUGGAGGAUAACAGGAACUCUGAUCUCUGAACCCCCCCUGACCCCUCCCUGCCUCUCUACAGUAGCCCUGAAGGAACACAUUUGAUCCCAUCAGAGAAAGGCUUCAGUAUUUCUUCAGUCUUAGUUUAAAACCACAAGCUGGAGACAUUUUCUAGGUUGACUAGCAUGGAAUUCCUUGAGAUUAGCAUGAUGAUUAAGAGCAGAUAUUUUCCCCGCAUAUAUUUAGCUAUUUAGUCCAAGAUCGGAGGCUCUUUGACACUAAGGGGGCAGUACAGGUCAUUAUUUUAUAAUUAAUGGAUUCAGUAUUUCUUUAAAUAACAGUUUGUGUCUAAAAAAACAAGAAGAUUGAACAGGGUGAUUUCCAUAAUAAAGUGAACAUGUAUUACACAUUGUUGAGGAUCCUUACAUUUGUGUUGUAUCAAGCAUGGUACACAUGCAGUUUAUAUGGAUUUCGGUGUCAGAUUUAUUUGUUUUUCAGAUUGAAGUAGAAAAAGCUCUGUCAGUAGCAGACUUGCAAACAAUACAAAGACCUCACUUGAGAAUGUUGGGGGUAGCCUUGCCCUGGUCUCCACCAGAGGAGGGGGUGGGGGGGGGCAGUUGAAACCACUCCAGCUGUCAAUGUCUGGACCUCAGCAGUGACACAUUAAUCUGUAUAAACCAUGGUAAGGUUGAACUCCAGUUAUUGUUUCCAAUCCGAAUACUGGCUCUGAAGAAGUCAUAAGCUGUUUGUGGUGCCACUGAAGAAGAAGAAUUGCAUCCUUGCUGCAGGGUGUUUGCCUUCUGAGGUGAGCUGGAAGAAAUUAAAAAAGUU